AUGAUCAGAUCAGCAUCAAGCCCUUUUUCUAUCCGUCCCAAUCUGUUUUGAAUGAUAUUGCAUCUGAUGCCUGGAAGAACACAGACGCUGCUCUCCUCUUCCAUGCUGAAGUGGAAAUCUCCGAAGAGGCUCAAGGGGACAAGGAUCCCCACGAUUACGACACAUUUCUCCAAUCAAGACCACAACGGAUGGAAGUAGAAGCCAUCCAACUCGUUACACGACUCCAACGCUCGCACCCCUCUGUGCGCUGUCACAUUGUGCACUUGACGGCCGCGGACGCCUUGCCCAUCAUCCGCGAUGCCAAAGCAGCCGGUCUCAAACUCACCGUAGAGACUUGUUUCCACUACUUGACGUUCAUCUCUUCGGACGUUCCCUCAGGACACCCCGAGUUCAAAUGUUGCCCGCCUAUUCGCGACGAGUCGAAUAGGGAGGAGCUAUGGCAGGCAUUGGCCGAUGGAACCAUCGACUUUGUCGUCUCGGAUCACUCUCCGUGCGUGGCGAGUUUAAAGAUGGUGGAUGAUGGGAAUUUUAUGAAGGCGUGGGGUGGUGUAUCGGGUUUGGGUCUCGGACUGAGUGCUCUGUGGACAGGUGCCAAACAGAGAGGUCACUCUAUUUCCAAAGUUAUUGAAUGGACGAGUCACAAUACAGCUGUCCAUGCGAGACUUGCGGAUCGAAAGGGACGGAUAGAAAAAGGGCUUGAUGCUGAUCUGAUCAUCUGGGAUCCAAAUGGGAAAACCGAG